GUUAGAUUCCUUAUAUAAUUAGUACAAUUAAUAUUCAUAUAAAUUUUCAACCUUGGAUUCUUCGGAAUUUAUGUAUUGGCUGUAUAUUGAUUUAAGUAUCAUUUCUAUAAACCUUCUUACAUUUAACUCAGUUUUUGGUAAAAGUUAUGAAGAAAUUCUAGCGAAUCAUUUAAUCAAUCAACCUAAUUUAUGGUUGCAACCAUCUGCAUGUCCUCAUAUUUGUCAGAAGCCCCUUCUUGUUAAUCUAACAUAUAAUCUUAUACAAGUAGUAAAGUUGUCGCAUUCAGAUGAAACACUUAUAAUAUCUGGAUGGUUUACAAUAAGGUGGAUGGAUUACCGUCUGAAGUGGAAACCACGAGAUUUUGGCGAUUUACAAAAUAUACUGAUUUUUAAGAGUAAACAAUUAUGGAGACCUGAUUUAGCAUUUGGAAACCGUAAAAAGAACGGGCUGUUUGAUUUGGCUUCGGGCAAUAAUGCAUCGCGUUUGAUGGUUGAGUCCGAUGGUUACGUAACAUGGUUACAUGGUUCAGUUUUAGAACUAUCUUGCCCUCUUGAUAUGACUAAAUUACCAUUUGACAGACAAAAAUGUUAUCUGGUUUUGACUACACUAUAUAGUACAAUCAAACAAUUAGAAAUCAAUCUAAAAAUCGAUCAUUUAAGUAUUGAUAACAGUUUUAUGCCCAACGCUAAUCAUAGUGAAUGGAUAAUUGAGGAAAUUGGUUAUCAUUCUUCUGUAUACUUGAGGCAAACUAACUCAAAAUAUCAAUAUUUGGUAAUAUCUAUUAAACUGAAACAUGAACCCUUGUACUUUGUUACAUUUGUUGUCGCACCAUUCACAUUGAUUUCAACGUUAACAUGUUCAAUAUUUACAUUGAGUUAUCCAAGUGAUCGGUUAGCUACUGCAUUAUCAUUAUUCUUUGGUGCAACUGUAUAUGUUAUUACUGUGUCAUCAAACACACCUCGAUCUGUGAGCCAGAUACCACUUUUAGGAAUUUAUAUAUUGAAUCAGCUAGGUUUCAUGGGUUUGGCGACUAUCGUUGCUGUUGUGAAUAAUCAUUUUGCUCAAUGGAACAGUCGUUUAGUAUGCUUCGUGAGACCUUUUAAAAAGGAAUAUUCAACAAAAAAUCAAAAGAUCAAGCUUUGCGAAGAGUCUUCGAUUAAAAAUCAGUCUUCUGUAAGCUUUGUGAUCGUAAUAAUUGUCGUCGUCAAUAUCGACAACAACUAAUUUACUAUCCUCCUACGGAUUAUCAUGAAAAUUUGGCGUCACAAUAUGAUACUGAUUUUUCACUGACCAGUAGUAUAAAAGGAUAUGAUCAUUACUAUUUGACAUCCUUGAUAGAUUUAUUAAGUAUACUGAUCUACCUAACAUUGUCCACAUGGAACUGGAUUUAUUGUUUUUAUGUAUUGCCUAAUUAAUAAAUAUUUUCAUUAUACAAUGCAUCUUACUUGACAUCUGUAUACAGUUUACUGUUAAAUUAACUGUUCAUUUAAUGUUAUAAUUGUUUGUUUUGCAUGUUUAAAGGUAAUAUUAUACGUAGCUUUACAAUGAGGUUUUGUACUUGCCAAUUUUCAUCGGCAAUCAUAUAUUUCUUUGACGUGAUUAGUUUCUCCUAAUUUGAUUUAACAUUUUUCAGUAAAUCUUCACUUCACUUUACUUAGUUGACAAAUAUAUAUUCUUGGAAAUAAAUAAUUAUGCUUUUCGUAAAUUCAAAUAUUCAGAUCUGUUAUUCUUUAAUUAUAUUUUAGUAAUGGAUAAUAUAUAAUUGAUUAAUUCUGGCUCGAUCGAGCACAUAUACGAUAAAUACUGACUAGUUCAUUCAAAAGAAUGAAAUGAUUUGUGGAAUAAAUCAUUAAAUCAUGUAAUAAAAAUAUGAUAUACCUAACAAUUUUCACUAUUGCCUGAUGUUUUUCAAUCAAUUUUGUGGAUUAUUAUGUUCUUUGUUAAAAUCAGCUUUGCUGGUAAUAAGAAUAUCAUACAACAGAAUAUCUGUCAGCUCACAACCUUUCAUUACUUUUAUUUUGUAAAGUAACACUAAGAGUAGUGAUCAAUGAACGAAUAUAUUUAGAUUAUAACUUUUUGGGAGUGAUCAGUAACAUAAAACUUAACGACUGUCACAGACGAACAAUAUUUCAGACAUAUUGUAACAAUAAUUAGGAAUAAAGUGCAAGGCCAUUAAUACGUCUGUUAGAAUGGUAAUA